ACGGAUGGGUAGAUUUUUUUCUAUUCCAUUUCAAUAGAUUCUGCUGGUCGUGGGCCGUGGCAUCGGUUCAGUUCUCAACUGCGUGUAAUACCACACUCGCCCUGUAUCUCGGUUUCUUGCCCACCCUCCGAUCACAAACAACAACAACAACCACCACGAUGUCGAAGCUUCGAAAAAUUGUCCGGACGACGCUAUUCCCCCGCAAGAAGGACGACGGGAUUGAGUUGGGGCGGGGGGGAAAGCCAAAGUUGUACUGUGGUAGUGGUGGUAAUGAUGGCGAUAAGGUGCGUGUUAGGGUGGCAAUAAUGCCUUAUUUCCCGGCUGUUGCUGUGUUGACGGGUAUGACAGGAAUUCGGGGAGCCGGUUUAUGGGAUGCACGUGUUGAAUCCGGAACGUAAGGACGUGAAUGUCGAGUACGCCCCCCUCCGCCUCCGUUCCCUUGGGGUCGUGAUGACGAUGGCGUCCGGGCGAUAAAGGUGUUGCAGGAGGAGGAAGGAGGAGGAGGAGGAGGGUUGGCUAAUCGGUUCUUGAUAGUAUAAUUGCUGUGCACGGCCUCGGUGGUCAUGCCUUCCACUCGUGGACUCAUGAGCCAACGAAUAAGAUGUGGCUAAGGGACUUUCUCCCUCAUCAGGUUCCCAGAGCACGCAUCGCUACGUUCGGUUACGACGCUAGAGUGGCGGGGAGUCGUGCGGUGGUCGAGUCGCUGGAUAGUGCGCAGAGCUUGCUGCUAGAUGUCAAGUUGUUGAGAUCUACGCCGGAGGUGUGUUGCUCUUUGCAGUUGGUUUGGGGCUUAAGCUGAUUUUGUCCAGGAGCGAGAGAGGCCGCUGGUGCUUAUUGGACAUAGCCUUGGUGGGAUAAUUAUCAAAAAGGUACCUUUCCCGUUCCCAUGGCCAAGUGCAUUGGUGGUGGUCUGACAAUGCUUUAGGCUUUGGUAAUUGCGCAACAGCGGGCCGACUCCCAUUGUGUUCUUGAUAAGUUGUGCUGUGCGGUAUUCCUCGGUGUGCCGCACCUUGGCUCUUCGGUGGCGAAUACCGCGGAGACUCUCGUUAGCAUCGCCCAGUUAUUCGGAGACUUUAAUACAAGGCAUCUGGAGGAUCUUAAGAAGGAGUCGCCCUCUCUAAGAGAUCUCGCACAGGCAUUUGGUCAGCUCGAGGGGUUCAAGAUUAUUACCGUCACGGAAGGCACUGAGACGGUGAUUCCUUUCACCAAAAAGUCCGUUCACGUAAGUUCUGUCCCGUGGCGGGGGCGAGGGCUUUGCUAAUAUUGAUACCAGGUUGUCCCGCAGUCAUCCGCCUCACUUCAUAUGGGGGCAAGGGAAACAGUGAUAUCGAUAGAUGGUGCGGAUCACCACAUGAUAUGCAAGUUCGGGGACAGUGGGGAUGGGCAGUACAGCAGGAUAUGGAAGAGCAUCAACCGGUUUCUCGCUGAAUGGGAAUCCAAAUACCGGAUACAAGUUAAUAGACCACCGGCUCCACCUUCGCAAAACAUAGAGGCACGCCAGACCGUAGGAUUCCCGCCGGUCGGGUCCCCGGUCCCGUCUCCAUCGGGAUACACACCACCAAUUACCCCGGAACAGGCCGAAGAGCUUUCGUUCUUGGCUCGGAGGAGAGCGCCCACACCUCCAAUCGAACUAGAUAACCUGAUAGCUCGGCGCCCACUCUUGACAUCAUCCCGCACUUCCCCCCCCGCCCCGCCCCUCCUCCUCCGGGAACCAACCUACUCAUUCUCCCUCUCUCGCUCCUCGACGCUUCCGGUGACUUCGUCUCCUUUCCCCCUAAGCCGGACGUCCACUGCAUUAACCACGGCGUCGUCUUCAUCCUCACCCACACCACAAACCCUGCACAAGGCGGUUCGCGAAAGAAACGUCUCGCUCGCAAAGCAUGUAUUGGAGCAAACCUUUGGAAAUGACGUCAACUCUGCCAACGUCCAGGGCCGAUAUCCAUUGUCCAUUGCUGCGGCAAUGGGCGAUGAAGACCUCGUCCGGCUGCUUCUUUUCUGGGGCGCGGAUGUCCACGCCCAGGAUGACAGGGGGCGGACAGCACUUCAUCGGGCAGCAGGGUGCGGGAUGGCCGGGGUUGUUAAGAUAUUGUUGGAAAAAGGUGCGAAUAGGGAGGUUGCAGAUUUUACGGGAAGGACUGCUCUGGAGUGGACGGAUAAGGAGGCUAUUAAGGGGUUAUUACUAGAGGAGCAAUCUCCGGAGGAGGAGGUCGAUUAA